CCUUCCGAGCGCCACACAAACGCUUCAGUUCUACACAAAAAUCGCGCUCAAAUUUAUUAAAGUCAUGCAGUUGCUUAGCUCCGCCUACGUCGUCGCCGUCCUGGCGUUGUGCUCCCUGUGCCUGGUCACAGCUCAGCCACAACGCGGUCUGGCUCAGCCCCGCGGCAACUCAUACGAUGCGAACGCUGUGAUACUCAAGCAGAACUUUGAUCUGAAUCCGGAUGGCUCCUAUCAAUACAACUACGAGACGAGCAACGGAAUUCGCGCCGAUGAAGCUGGCUACCUCAAGAAUCCCGGUUCGCAGCUGGAAGCUCAGGUCAUGCAAGGCUCCUACUCGUACACCGGCCCCGAUGGUGUUCUCUAUACCAUCACCUACAUCGCCGAUGAGAAUGGCUUCCGUGCCGAGGGCGCUCACAUUCCAACUCCACCUCCAGUUAGCCCAGCUGCCGCUGCUCCACGCAGAUUCUUCAAAUAAUUCAUAUGACGACCAUUGAGAAAUAUAUAUAUAUUUACAAUAUAUGUAUAAUUGAAUAUAUUUGUAUGAUAACAUCCAGGAUGAAGCUCAGCUGGUCGGCAGCAAAGGAUUCACAGACCUCUGUCUCUCUAUAUAUGUAUAUGUAUAUUGUCUCCAUUUUCCCUCACUCACUCCCUCUCCUUUCAUUUUUCCCACUCUGUGUAUAUUUAUGCAUUUUCCCUGCGUUCUCUUUCGAACUCCCUUUCACAUCUACCUAGCGCCUAACGAAUUGCAUGUAUAUGCAUAUGUAUAUAAAUAUAUUUAUAUAUGUGUAUGUAUAUGUUUUGUACAUUAUGUAAGUUUGAUUGUUAAAUUGUCGUACGACUUAAAGCA